CGGAGGUAAGGCCGGGAUCGAUCAUGCAAGCCCUGACCAGUAUGCAGGUCCGAACUUUCCGUCUCCUUUUCUUCGUGGUGUCUUGACAUUGCGUGCAAUGAACACCCAAACAUUUAGCCUACGUCGCCUAUCGCCAGGAGACUCGAUUGUGAUUGGCAAUACUCAUGUAUAGAUAACCCCUCUCCAGUGUUGCAAUCAGCGUGACGGGAAUUUGCUCGGCAACCGAUACAAAGGCCUGCGCACACAAAUUGGUAUCGACCCCAGUCUCAUGUGAAAAGAGAUAUAGAUGGCAUUGCCGCUCCGGGUCUGGAAGUCACCUCCAAGACAAUCUCUACCUUCUGCAAGGCUUCCAGAACACUGACAAGCUUUCCGUUGCUAUACCAAGCCCAAUGUCUUCCAAUAACGCAGCCGAAAGACCUACCUAUGGCCUCGCUCGCUCGACCUCAGACUCGAUCACAAGCUCUUCGACUUCGGAGAUGCACGACAAAAUCACAAAGCAAAUGCGCAUACAACAAGAUCGGUGGUCGACAUGGCAAGCCAAACAGAUCGUCUUGUUCCAAGAGGCCGCAUCGGCGCCAGAAUCCGAAGGCUCCUUCCGCAAACGUAUAACAUCAAAGCGACCGCAUCUUUACCUCGAUAAAGUCUCCUCAACUCUGCGAAAACUGCGAGGUUAAUUUUACAGCUGUGGCACCCAAAGGGCUCGCCGUUGCUGGCAGGAGACAGAAUUGCCGGAAAGGUCCAACGCCGUUCACAUUCCCAAAGGAAAUCGUUCAAUUCGUUGAUACGAAGCCUCCAACCCAUCACGCUUUGCUGGCUCUCACCACCAGAACGACCGCGUGCAUGCACUGAAUGUGCCCCAAGACGGUUCGGCAAUUUGUUUUGGGUAUACGGCGAAGGCACUCGCCACAUUGACGUUGCGCUAUACCCUUGCACUUCGCUUGUCAUAUGAUAACUGGCCCCGUUUCCCGGCCAUGACGCGAGGAUCAUUUGCCGACAUUUAUAUCCUAUCUCGUCAACAUACUUCGAUACUCCAUAUUCGCUGUGCAAAUUGGGAAGCUGAAGACUUCCGGCCGGGCGGGCGUUAUUGGUAUGAAUGAUACCCUUGCUAUUUUAGCGCUUUACAAUCAUGUUAUGUUUACUGCCCGUGAUUAAAUGUUAGGUUCGUUUGUGUUUCAUCUGAACACACACUGCGAGUGUUACUACGUAGUAAUGUUGCUAAUUCGAUAGUCGGCUUUGCUUCUACUCUGGCUCUCACAUCUACCCCCACGAUCGUUCCAUCUCAUGGCCAUGCCACCACCAGGUUAGUAACGAAGGACUAUGUUUCACCGUUUGAGCAACCAGUAAGAUCGUGUUGUGUGAGUCACGAGUUCCGAUGUUUCAAAGUUCGCCGUCUUCGUAUCUAAAUCUCGCAUCUACCAGAAUCGG